CUCCAACGCGUGGUAUCCAUUUCAUCUUCAUGGAUGACGUGUGGGUGUACAUCAUCUCAGCAUCCUCCUGCCUCUUCCUCCUCUGCUUCUUCAAAUUGCAGAGGAGCAACCGGAGGAAUCUCCCACCGAGCCCACCUUCGCUCCCCAUCAUCGGCCACCUCCUCCUCAUAAAAGAGCCUGUCCACCGGACCCUCCAGUCUCUCUCCCACCGCUACGGCCCGGUCCUCUCCCUCUCCUUCGGCUCCCGCCCCGUGGUCGUCGUAUCCUCCCCGUCCGCAGCCGAAGAGUGCUUUACCAGGAAUGACGCUGUCCUCGCCAACCGCCCCCACAUGCUCUCCAGCGAGAUUUUCGGCUACGGUCUCACCACCAUCGGCACCGCCCCUUAUGGCCCCCUCUGGCGCGACCUCCGCCGCCUCACGGUCCUCCAAAUCCUUUCCCCGCACCGCCUCGCUGGCUCCCUCGCCAUCCGGCUGGAGGAAGUGAGGCUCCUCGUGAAGAGCUUCUACAAAGAGGCAGCGAUGGUGGCGGGUGGCGGUGGCUGCGCGAAGGUGGAGAUGAGGUCGAGGCUGCAGGACCUGUCCUUCAAUAUCAUCAUGAGGAUGAUCUCUGGGAAGCGUUACUUUGGUGCCGCCAUCGACGCGGAUGACGCUGAGGUGGCCAGGCAGUUCAGGGAGGUGAUAAAGGAGGCAUUCGAGCUGAGUGGGACAGACCCGAGCGAUUUCUUGCCGGCGCUGAGGAAGGUGGUGGACUUCAAGGGGAGAAAGCGUAGGAUGGUGGACGUGGCGAAGAGGUCCGAUGUGAUCCUGCAGGGCAUGAUAGACGAGCUGAGGUCGAGAAGGAAGAGGAGCGACGGGGGCCGAGAGGUGGAGAGCAAGACGAUGAUCGAUACCAUGCUGUCGGAGGGCUACUCGGACGACAGCAUCAAAGGCCAAAUGCUGUCGAUGUUAGCUGCGGGCACGGACACGUCCUCGGUGACAAUGGAAUGGGCCCUGUCCCUCCUACUCAACCAUCCGGACGUCAUGAAGAAAGCUCAAGCGGAACUAGAUGAUGUUGUUGGCCCAGACCGUCUACCUGACGAAGCAGACAUUCAGAAGCUGCCUUGCCUUCAAAACAUCAUCAACGAAGCGCUCCGGUUGUUUCCGCCAGCGCCACUCCUAGUGCCUCACGAGUCCUUUGAGGACUGCACGAUUGGCGGGUUUGACGUGCCCCAAGGCACGAUGAUCCUAGUAAAUGCGUGGGCAAUCCAGAGAGACUCAAAAGUGUGGGACGAUCCAACAAGUUUUAAACCAGAAAGACACGAGGGAUUGGAAGGGGAUCAUGCGUACCGGUUGUUGCCGUUUGGCAUGGGGAGAAGGGGCUGUCCCGGUGCUGGCCUCGCCAACAGAGUGGUGGGUUUGGCUCUAGCGGCGCUUAUUCAAUGCUUCGAAUGGGAACGAGUCGGCGAAGAGCCGGUGGACAUGUCGGAAGGGACAGGACUCGUAAUGCCCAAGAGACAGCCAUUGGAGGCUAUGUGCAAAGCGCGGGAAUGCAUGGUUGCUAAUGUUCUUGGACAGCUUUGAGAAGGUCGUUCGCUAGUGAAUUUAUUUUGGUCAAGUUCAACCGCCGUAGUGCUUAUGACACUAAUAUGUGGUAACAAAGCAAAUUGGUAUGAAUGAAAGGAGGGGAGAUAAAAACUCAAA